AUCACCGACGAGAGGUCGAAUUGCUACAUGUUCUCUGACACUGCCUGGGCAUGAAUUCUUGUGAUGGCAGAAUUUGCGAACUAUUGAAGGAAUGGCACUUGUUUUGCAGACGCGAUGCACCUCAUCUCGGGUGGGCGCCACGAAGAAUGCUAAGCCUGUAUCCAGAGCGGAGGUCACCGCUCACCUGAUUCAGACGUUUGGGUACCAAGAAAAACCACAGCAGGGCUUCUCGGCAGGUGAGAGCGGAAUCAGCGACAAGGAGCUAGAGAGGUUAUUCGAUAUGAGCUGUGCGUCGUGCGAGAAUUAUAUUUUGGAACUCAUUGGCACCUAUGGAUGGGAUUUGGAAAAAGUUGAGCAAUUUUUGACGGGAAAAAAUCCCAAAUUUGCCAAAGUUCGAUAUUGCGAAGAGACCAUUGUCACCUCGCUCUUGAACGUUCAGAAUGAGGCGACUUUUGACCAACUUACGCGCUCCAAGUCUAACAAGACGAACCAGCUUGCUAAGAGCAGAGAACUUCUGGACGAGGGUCGCUUGAACGGCGCCAAACCUCUAGAGAACCAAACACACACACACACUUCUGGCAACCAAAACAACUCUCCCCGCUGCGCCUCGACCAGAGGCGCAGUAGAAGGCAUGUCAGAAGGAAAAUCCGAACGUUCAACAGCAGCCAAUCUAGAACCGAAAGAACUGCAAGAACUGCAAGAACUGAACUCGGUCGGCGGCGAGUCAGUCCCCUCUGACGCCAUCCAGCACCAUGUCAACCACACGACAAAAGACGGCGAUGCGCAAUGCCAACGGGACAGUCCCGUCAAUUCUCGCCUUACCAACAAAAGUAAUUUGCCCUCUGGCAACAGCUCGACUUCAGCAGAUGGCUCGGGAUCUGCUGGUAAUGGUUCGUUUGGUCGAGACGGCACGAAUUUCCUCUCGUCUUCUACUGGGGGUUCACAGGCCGGCGUGGCACCGCCUUCUGGGCCUAAUCGAAUUCCUCAAAAUAAAAGCAAGAGCAUAUUUGGUUUUCGAAACCCUUUUUCAUUUUUUUUUAAAAAGCACACAAAGCCAAAUAGUGGUACAACAUCUUUGCAACAGAAACAAGCGGCCGUCCCGGCGAACCGGCCGAACUCAAGUUCUGACAACACUGCGCCUUCGAUCAAGACGAAGCCCAAUCCGCCUCCUGUCCCCUCUCCGAUCGAAACCCACCAAAAACCACGCCCCUCUCCUAAGCAAGACUCCGUGUACCAAAAACUGGUCUCGAGCCCCCCCACUUCUCCCCCCAAGUACACUCCUGCCGCCAAGGAGCCGGGGGCCACACUCAGCGUUCCCUCCUCGGGGGCCCCUCCCUCUCCUCUUGAGCACCUGCCCCCCAAUUACUGCAAGAACAUGUACAUCAAUGGCAUCUGCGCAGAAGUCGGCUGCACCAGUGCCCACAUUCAAAAAGCUAUCAUCUGCAAUCAAAUACUCAUGUACAGCGAAUGCCGACUUCCGAGCUGCCCCCAUAUGCAUCCAAACGAAAUCACCAUUGUAACCUACGUGAAUGACAUCAAAAAAACGUUCGUGGAACUUUGGCCCCAUUGGCAUUUUGAAGACGUCCUCCCUCGCGCGAAAAUCUUCUGUCCUCUCUCUAUGAGGCCCAAGAACUGCAAGUAUGGAACUAAUUGCAUCAUCAAAAACUGUCCCAACCAACACCUCGUACCGACUCUGCACGCUAAAAAUUCGGCGCCCUCCAAACCGCUCGUCCCUCCCUUCAUCCAUUCAGGCCCAGUCGAAAACCUCCUGAACGUCACUCACGACCCAAGCCAUCACAACCUGGUCCUCAGUAUCAUGAAGGGACAAUCCAAGGGCGAGCAAACCCUCCGCAUCCUCAAACUCGAGCUCAUCCACAACCCCCAACUCGACAAGCAGUACAACGACUACUUCAUCCAAGUAAAGCGCAGAAACAUGGUCCGACCCACCGAAAUCUACGCCUUCCACGGCACCUCCGAGCCCUCUAUCAAGGAAAUCACCACCCACGGCUUUGACGUCUCGCUAGUAAAACGCGCCAUACACGGGUAUGGAAUUUAUUGCGCCCUUGAUCCAAAUGUCGCCAUAACUUAUUGUCGAGGUGGAAACAAAAUGCUCAUGGUCAGACUUAUCACCGACGGACUCAAGUGGAUCCGCAAAGUCCAGUACUACGUCGUUCCCAACUCUGCUGGAAUGAACCCGCUCUAUAUUAUCACCUUUGCUUCUCAGUCCAAAUCGUCUCAUUAUUAG